UUUCCCAUCACAUCUGUGUUAGAUAAACAUACGGCGCAAGUUGCGUCUAAUGGACUGAGCACACUCUAGAAUUCCCCUACUCAUACAGAAACGCUUUACAUUUACAUUAUUUCAUUCAAAAUGGAGUAGCACCCAAGAUGAGAGUGCGCGGAUCAAUAAAUGCACAGAUAAAGCCUCUUAUCCCAUACAGCUAUGCUCCCCAUCCCAGUUCAGGACAACCGAAGUCGAGAGUGAAAGAUUUAGGAUAGAAAGUAUAUAGUUUCUCUCUCUACAUAAAGCCGACUGGUAUUUUUGGCAUAGCAGCAAUCUCUCUCUAUCUCUGUCUGUCUAUGAGUAUGAGACAGACAAGAAAGACAAACUAGAUAGAGAAAAGUAUUGCCAAUUUGCAUGGAUUCUUUCCAGAGCUUUCUUUUUAGUCAGUUAAAAAUGAGCUUCUGAUAGCUGAGCUGUUCCUUCUUUCCUACCCAUAUGCCCAUAAAAGUUCGUCUCUUUCCUCAUUCAAUUUUACCACAUUACCAACCAUCUAUUUAUACUCUCUCUGCAAAAUGAUAUCGACCUAAUAUAUAUUCACACACGCACAUGAAAGUACACACAUAAAGCACGUAGAAAAGCAUAAAAGUUUAAACACAUUAACGCACACAUUGAACUCACCAGGUGAAAGAAUGAAGAUUCAAUGUGAUGUUUGCGCAAAAGAAGAAGCAUCUGUUUUCUGCACUGCAGAUGAGGCUGCUCUCUGCCAGAACUGUGACAGUCGAGUCCACAAUGCUAAUAAGCUUGCCAGCAAGCACCCCCGUUUCUCUCUUCUUAAUCCUCAAUUUAAAGAAUCCCCAAGCUGUGACAUUUGUCAGGAAAGGCGAGCAUUACUGUUUUGUCAAGAAGACAGGGCAUUACUUUGCAGAGAGUGCGACAUUCCAAUACAUAGAGCCAAUGAACAUACCAAAAAGCAUAAUAGGUUUCUUCUAACUGGAGUCAAGCUCUCUGCAGCUGCUUCUUCAUAUGAAGCAGCUACAUCCUCCAGCGGAUCACAAUCUGAAACAGAGAUCAAAAUUUCAGUAACUAAUGAAGUUAAUUGUCAGCCUGCUAAUUGUUCAGAAUCAUCAUCCAGUACUUGGAGGGAUAAUGAGUCAAGCCAACCUGUGAGCCAACAAGCUUCAGAUUCAACCAGUAGUAUCGCAGAGUACUUAAUGGAGACUUUACCCGGUUGGCAUGUUGAGGACCUGUUGGAUCCUCCUUCCCAAUAUGUUUUCUAUUCAUGAGCAGAUGUCACCACUUAUAAAUGAAGAAUUCAGAGGUAUGCCAGACUGUUUCAUCCAAAGACAUGCCUAUGCAUUUACGUCAUAUGCCAGCUAAGGUAGGAGAAAAUGGUGCUAUCGUUUCACUAUCCAUGAAAUCAACCAUCAAUCUGUCAACAUAUUGAGACAAUUCUGGUGAAAAAUAACUAGCAGAAAGCCUUCAACAGUUCUUCCAUGUUUCUGUUCCGUUUUUUCCUUUUCUGUAGUCCCUCUCUCCUGUCCCUUAAUUAACUCACAUAGUAGAAACAACAUAAUCAUGCAUUUGUUCAAGGGAAUUUAAUGAUCUCAACUUUCUUCUGGGUUCUGCAAAUCCUUUCUAACAGCAAGGAUGGAUUUGAUUAAAAACCGUUCUCUACCUACAUGUAUCCAAGUAAAAGGUUGUUGUUUAGUUCUGAUAGCACCUACUCUCUUUUCUUUAUUCUGGUGAGCUACUCCCUUAAACUGCAAACAAUGUUUCUUCCUUGUUUCCAGUCUCCAAACUAGAUAGCUAUUACUUGUGACUUUCCUCUUUCAUGCUUUAUCCCUCUUUCAUCCUUUAUCCCUGGAGAAAGUUCCAGGGAAAGCAUCAGCAUGGUUCUACGCCCAGCAAAUGAAAAAGGGUAGUACAUAUUUAUGGUCAUCUCAAAACACUUUUUUCUAACUUUGAGCCACUUUUCCAACUGGCUGAUUUUAGAUCUAUAC